AUGGCCGGAACGGAUAGCGAAACGGGCGGUGCUGGUAACAGGGGUUUCGUCAGGAAUGUGGCUAAACAAGACCCACGAUUGCUUCUAGAAAAGCUUGACACGCCCACAUUGGUGGGGCCAGACCUCGAACUCGGCCCUAAGAACCGCAUAGGCGCGUACCUGAAGACACUCGAUAAGCUAUCCGACGCGCUGCGGUUCUUCGAAGCGCACGAUUAUCUGGGAAGCUGCCGAUUUGAGCUGCGGCAGGGACGAGCGCUCAUGGACGUUGCUGUGGGGCGACUGGGAGAGGAGUUUGGGGAGGUGCUGUGCGGUGGAAGCACAAUACCGGAUCGGGAAUAUUUGCUCCAAUCAGCCGCAGGCAAGAUGCCUGGUGAGGUGCUGCCGUCCGUGCCUCUGCUUCGGUCCGAGGCUCACCGCGCGGCUGCUCUCCUGCUGUGCGUCACGCGACUAAGUGGCAGCACAGCAGCGUUGGGAUCCGAUGAGGUGGCAACACAAGUGCUGGUUCUGGUUGGUCCAGAGACAGAGCUGUUCCGGGCCAUUAUCGGGCAGAAUCAACCGUCUUCCAACAACGCUCGAGCGCGGUGCCUUGCAGGCGUGGUGCUGCCCUCUCUGACGCUGCUGCACUCCUUUGGCUGCGUGGUAGCGGGGUUGUGUUGGGAACCGCAGCACCUGUUCCCGCUGCUGCAUGUGGUGCAGGCACUGCUGACACUGCGACCAACGGUAGAGAAACAAUUUCCGGGGGAGGCAGGGCAGGAGGUGCGGCGUCUCUUCCUCCUCCUCUGCUCCUCCCUCUGCACCGCUGUGCAUCGGACCAUCUCUGACUUCCACCUCAUCUCCUCCUCCCCCACCUCCUACCCCUUUCCACGGCAGGUAGAGAAGCAGUUCCCUGGAGAAGCAGGGGCAGAGGUGCGGCGUCUCUUCCUCCUCAUCUGCUCCUCCCUCUGCACCGCCGUGCGUCGGACCAUCUCUGACUUCCAACUCAGAGUACAUUUCAACCCCACACAACCCCUCACCACCCCUCCCUCCCCAGCACAACAACCCCGCAACCUCCCCUCCUCCCCCUCCCGCUCCUCUUCCUCCUCCUCCACCUCCCUCAUCCCCCCCCCUCCUCUGUUUGAUCUCUCUCCGACGCGGGAAAGCCGGGAUGCUCUGAAUGCUCUUAAAGCCAGUCCGGAUGUGCUUCCUCUCACGAGCUACCUGGUCAAUUUCGUCAUCCUCUGCUUGGACCCGUCCCUGUACCUAAGCACGCUGCUGCUGGUGUAUGGAGGAGAAGAGGGAGACGAGGAGGUGGGGGUGGCACGGGUGGGGGUGGCAUCACAGCUGCUGCUGGCGGCUCUGAAGCCGAAUCUGGAGCGCAUGGGAGACGCGUUGUAUUGCGAUGAGGGCAUGCGAGCAUUCUUUCUACUCAACAACUGUGCUUACAUGCUGCACAAGGUGGCGGAGUGA